AUAUAUCACUAUACAUAUUUUUUCGAGGUUAUUAUAGAACAUUUUUAUUUCUAGUAUUGUGUAAAAAAUUAAAACCCUUAAAACUAUACCAUAUUUUUGGACUGUUCUUAUUCGGACUAAAAGCAUUGGAAGUCCACGACGAACCGUUUUGUUGCCACCAUCAAUUCGGCCACCGGCGUGCCAUGUAAGAAUGUCCCGUAAGAGGUCCCGAUUAGGUGAAGAAAAUAUGAUUUCUCAAGCCGGUGAUAUGGAAAGUACAGGCAUCCGCAAUGGGAGCGAUCAUAGUUUCUCCAGCGCAAACAAUCAAUUGGAUAGUCCACAGUCGUUGCGGCUAGCGGCGCCGUUUAGCACGGAUGCUAUGGCGGUAGCUGAACGUGAGCGGUGCGCGUACGGACGUAUCCCGCGCGCCGCCGCCCUCGCCGGCACUGCACCGCGCCGUGUGCGCGUCUACUCCGAUGGCAUCUACGACAUGUUCCACCAAGGACACGCAAGGCAGCUACAGCAGGCCAAGAGCGUCUUCCCCAAUGUAUAUCUCAUAGUCGGAGUAUGCAACGACAACCUGACACAUAGCCGCAAGGGACGCACCGUGAUGACGGAGGACGAGAGGUACGAAGCGGUCCGGCAUUGCAGAUACGUUGAUGAGGUGGUUAGAGACGCGCCGUGGGAAUACGACGAGGAGUUCCUGGAGAAGCACAAGAUCGACUUCGUGGCGCACGACGACAUCCCCUACACGACGGAGGACUGUGAGGAUACAUACGCUAUGAUCAAGGCAAAGGACAUGUUCGUCGCCACAGAGAGGACGGAAGGCGUAUCGACGUCGGACAUAGUGGCGCGCAUCGUACGCGACUACGACAUCUACGUGCGCCGCAACCUGGCGCGAGGAUACUCCGCCAAGGAGCUCAACGUAUCCUUCCUUAACGAGAAGAAGUUCCGUCUCCAGAACAAGAUGGACGAGCUCAAGGAUAAAGGGAAAAAGGUAAAACCAUUUAACCAAACAUGCCUCAUGCAGGCUCUCAGCCAGCCGCCCUCGCCGCGCGCCUCGCCCCCGCCCAGCGAGAACGGAGACGCGCACGAACACAGCGCAUCGGCGUCGCCGCCGCCGGCCAAGGCGCGCCGCUACGAGACACUGUGGGAGCCGCACGCAGAUGCAUCGAGCUCUGACGGUGUUGGUGAGUCGGAAGAGGCAGCGCAGCGCCAGCUGACCGACGACGGCUCCGACAGCGACGACGACGACUACCAGGACACCAGCCCCUACCUAUAGGACGAGCCGCCCGACGUCGCGCGCCUCGCCAUUUGAGGCGCCGACGUCGCCUAGCGCCUAGCGCCUAAAGCUCAGCGCCCAGCGCCCAGCCCCCAGCCCCUAGUGCUCAGUGCUGGUCGCCUCACGUGGACUUUGUAAAGUUGCAACGCGGUUUUCACACAAAUUCUGCCCUCAAGAACUCGGAAAGUGUCAACUUGCAACAUAUCUGAUUACACAUGAAUGUGUAGUUAUAGUAGGUAACUGCUUACGGUCGACGUAUCGAGGCUUAGUGUAGCCAAUAGUAUUUUUUUACUAUUGUAAAUCGUCCAUUGUCAACGAUGCCAAUGGAGGGGAGUGCAUUUCGUUCAAAAAUACCGUUUGUGUUAAAUUAUUUUAGUGUACGGCUUCAAAAUCGCGUGUCGUCUGUCUGCAAGACUCGAGUGAAUGUAUUUUAUCCUAUUAGGUUUUAAAAAUGUAUUUACUUUAUUUAUGAUGAAUUUAAUUGUAAAUCUUAUCUCACUAUUAUGAUUGUGCGCGCGCGUGCGGAGUGCGAGCGACAACACCUUGUUUGUAUUCUACUUUUUGACAGUUGAUUAAAGAGGUGCUUAUUUUA